AUGCAGUUCACCGACGCGGAAGCCGAGAAUGUGAAGUCUUGGGUGGUUAAGAGGCUGGAAGACAUUUCAGAUGCCGACUCCGACGUUCUGGCAGACUACGUCCUUGCGCUCAUUAGCUCUGAUGCGCCAGAUGACGAAAUUAAACAGACCUCCGUCGAGAACCUGGAGGACUUCCUGAGAGAAAACACCCAACCCUUCGUAGAUGAGCUCUUUACCAAAUUUGGCCCCAAGCCAGCUGCUCCAGUGGCAGCUCCUCAACACCAGCCUCCCGUCCCUAUCCCUCAGGCGCACUCGGGGUUUGAUGCCCCCGCUGGUCCCAGAAAUGCCUUUUACAACCGGAAACGGACGUAUAAUGAGGGAUUCCAGGGCGAGGAAGAUUCAGGGAGCGGGAUGCCGCAGAACCGUGCCUUCAAGACUCCGCGCCGCGGGCGCGGUGGUGGCCGUGGCGAUUGGUCUGGACAUGGUGCGCAACAGUAUCCCCAGGGACAGCCUGGCGGCUUUCCCAAUCCUAUGAUGCAAGGAUUCCCGCCGUUCGACCCGAAUGACCCGAUGGCAGCGGCUAUGAUGAUGCAGGGCAUGGGCUUCCCGCAGAUGCCUGGCAUGCCUAUGCCUGGAAUGCCCGGUGUUGCUGGUCAGCCUGGUGCUGGCCAGAUGGCCUCGAUCAGCCAGCGCUGCCCAUUCUACGAUACCCAGGGUAUCUGCUACUUGGGUGCUACGUGCCCAUACCAGCAUGGCGAGGCUGGAUCUCAGAAUGAGUACGACCCGAAGGCCGCAUCGGCUGGUGCUCACCGAGGAGAUGGUGGUCCUGCCCGUGGUGACCGCGGCCGUGGCCGUGGGCGCGGUGGGCCCAGUGCUCGAGGACGUGGCGGCCGGUCCGACUUCUCGUCAGCGGGUCCCAAUGAGGACCAAUCCAUCACAACGAUUGUGGUUGAGCAAAUCCCGGAGGACAAGUUGUCCGAGGAGGCAGUGCGUGAAUUCUUCUCGCAGUUCGGCAAUAUUGUCGAGGUGACCAUUCAAUCCUAUAAGAAACUGGCACUAGUGAAGUUUGAAACUUUUGCGGAGGCCAAGCAGGCCUGGUCCAGCCCCAAGGUGAUCUUUGACAAUCGCUUCGUCAAGGUAUACUGGCACAAGCCGAGACGAGACGAAAAGAACGGCGACUCUCAUCUAGAAACUCCUGCUUUCAACCAGGAAGAGUUUGAAAAGCAGCAGGCGGAAGCGCAAAGGGCACACGAAGAACGAACUCGGAAGCGCCAAGAGGCUGAAGAGGCCAAGCAGGCUCUUGAACGUCAACGUGAUGAGCUUUUGAAGAAGCACCAGGAAGAGAAAGCCCGGCUUUUGCAACGUAUCGGUGGCGGUGGCUCCGACGAGAUGGUUCUCAGCACCGAUGAGGCGAAUGAAAAGCCUGGCGAGACUGCUGCUGCCUCUGAUGAGAACGUUAGCGAGGAGACUAAGAACCUGCGUGCCCAGCUAGCUGCUCUCGAAGCGGAGGCGAAGACCCUUGGCAUUGACCCUUCCAGCGCUGAUUCCAGUCGUGGCGGCUACCGCGGGCGCGGUGGUUACCGUGGUCGUGGCACGUACCGGGGACGUGGAGGAUAUGAUCCUUCAUACCGCGGUGGAUAUCGUGGCCGGGGCGUUUUCAACCCUCGUGGUCGGGGCGCAGGCGUGCUUCGUCUGGAUAAUCGACCGAGGAGGGUUGCUGUUUCUGGAAUCGAGAUCGGAUCUGAUAACGACGAGGCCCUGCGGCAGCAUCUGAUUGGUAUUGGUCAGUACGAGUCUGUCGAACCCAACCACGACCAACCUGGCUCGGUGAUUGUGGCUUUCAAGGAGCGCUACCAAGCUGAGAAGUUCAUGUUCGGCCGUUGGACUGCCCCCUCCGCAGGUGAAAUCCAAAAAACUUGGGUGCCCAACCCGCCUAUCUCUGUCACGCCAACUGCGACGCCGACGGAGAAGAAUGGCCUCGGUGAUGAUGAUCAGGACAUGUCCAUGGACACUACGCCGGCCCCCCAAGCACCGGGACCGGGGAACAUGCCUCCGCGGGAGAUGGACUAUGAUGUUGCUGAGGAUGACAGCUGGGAGGCUUAA